GAAACACUAAUAGUGUUUGUGUCACGUGUCUUUUCGAGAAAAGGCGGGGCAGACGCUUUAAAGAUAUCGCUCUGGACAUUUCAUUCAUGCCGCAGACCCAAGUGACUGAAGCAGAGGUGCGAAGCUGAAGACGGAGCCUCUGGAUGAAGGCUGGAGCUGCGCGCGUAAUUACGCACGAGAUCUCUCGGUUCUUUUUCUCCAUAAAGUCUUGUUGUUUGAAGGAUGCGGGGACCAGAACAGUGAAAAAUGACGUCGAGUCAUAAGAUUUCAUUUUCUAUAACAGACAUAUUGGAUCCGAAUAAGUUUAACAGCAAAAGGGGGAACGAGCUUAUCUGUCAGGAGAAGUUUGCUGCGCCAAACGCAGAGAAAACAAGUUUGGAGUGGGACAGCACAGAGGGCGAGAACUUCAUCGAUGAGAACACAGAAGCAGUUCCAGAACCUGGAGAGGAUCAUCCUGCAGAGUUCCCGGAUCCCCUCCUCCUCACCCCACCUGCUCCCCUGGAGAAGGAUGAACCUGAAAAAGAGGCUGCCAUCCCCGCACAGGACGCAUCCACCCACAAGCGGCGGCGUCCGGAUCAGGCCUGCGCCAAACCGCGGCGCGCCAGAACAGCCUUCACCUACGAGCAGCUGGUGGCUCUGGAAAACAAAUUCCGCACGACGCGGUAUUUGUCCGUGUGUGAGAGACUGAACCUGGCCCUCUCCUUGAGUCUGACCGAAACCCAGGUCAAAAUCUGGUUUCAGAACAGGAGGACCAAGUGGAAAAAACAGAACCCCGGUGCCGACAGCACCCUUCAGCCUGGAUCAAACUCACUGAUCAACGUCAGUCCAAACCCAGUGACUUGUAGCUCCGGAAGCUUCCACCAAACUUUCUCCAACUUCAGCUCUGGGAACGUGAUCUUCCACGCGGCCGUUGGUGUUCCACUUUCAUCCACUGGAGGGCUCCUGCAUCCGUUCAUGCACAGCGGGUUCGAUCAGCCCGCCUAUUACACCCCACACCCAUGAACUGGACUUCAGUUUGAUUCAACUCUAACAUGUUCUUGUUCACGUGUCUCUUAACUUCAAAAACACAAGAAACUUUAAGAAAAGGCAACCCUGUGACCCCGAAAGGGAUCCAGCAGGUCAAGAAGAAGGACUGAUGAGAGUCUGAGCCCAUUUUUUAAGCAGUUCUUUUGUUUAUUGACAACAUGGUGUCACUGAGCUGACAGAUCCAGUGUCAGCUCAGUGACACUCUGUGUAUCAUGACACCUCUCCAGCUGUGCCACACUGUCUCUACCUCUGCAAGGCCUGCACAUCUCACCAGUGUUGCAAACAUUUUAUUAAAAACAUUUAAAUAACAUUUUGUUUGUGUAAGUUUUUUUCAUCGGCAGAAUCACUUAAAAUACCAGAGAACAUGGAGGUGUUCUUUAGAAAGAUUAAUAUGUUUUUAUCAUAUGGCAAGAUAAUAAAUCCACUUUUUAUUUAAAAAUCUGUUUUAUUUAUUUUAAUUUAAGGCAGCACAGUAUUUUUUGUUGAUAACAACAUAGUUUUAAAUUCAUAACUACAGUUUAUCAACCAUUUGGGAACUUUUUGUGUUUAUAUUUCAUAAAAUUCCAUUUCUAAUCCAAUUUCUGAUGGUUGUGGGCAUUUUUAUGGGUUGAUAACUUUUAAAAAAAAUAUGAUCCCAUGUAUGAUAAUCAGUUUAAAGACAGUGGAUGGUGGUACUAAAGCAGCUUUUGUAAAAGGUAACAUAUGAUAAAUCUUAGAACUUUACCCCUUAAUAAACUUUGUGAUAACCAGUUCAUUAUAAAACUUGUGUUUAGAAAAUCUGCCAAAAAAAAAGGUUUUCAAAAUUAUAACCAGAGAUUUUAUUUUAUUUCAAAUCAAAGGUUUAGACAGAACUAGGUUUAAAAAAAAUAAAAAGGCCAAAGCUAAUUGUGACUCCUAAGCAAAAAUUGUGUGCAUCACAAUUAUCAAUAAAAACAGAUAAAACAGGGUUUAUUUAUGUUUUACUGUAAUUUAAGAAGCAAUGAAAAAUUCAGAAUCUACAAGAAGAAAAAGUUAGCAAUACUACUAAAAAGAACAAAAAUAAAUAUUAUUUUUGCACGAGCUGUACUAUGUGGGAGCCAAAUGUUUAUUUUAAAUCAAUUUUAAAAUUUGGUGUAAACAGCACAGCAGAAAAAAUACAUUUUUUUUGUGCUUUUCUCCACAAAACCUAAUAUCAGCUUUAAUUUUGACUCUAUUUGUAAUUUACCAACAUUUUUUUUCACACUUUUAAGACUUUAAAACGGAAGAAAGAAUUAAGCAGGACUGAAAACAAUCAACACACAAAAAA